AUGCCGCGCCAUUUUCCCCUGCCCGACCCCGUAGAGUAUCACAUGUACGCGUUCAAGAUCCUGUCCUGCCCCCUGAAGACGUCCCACGACUGGUCCUCAUGCUCGUGGGCGCACCCCAAGGAGCAGGCGCGGCGGCGCGACCCGCGGCGGUUCUACUACACGCCAGUGAUGUGCCCUUAUGCCAAAAUGGGAGCGUUCGCUUGCCCCAAGGGCGACGCCUGUGACAUGGCGCAUCAGGUGUACGAGUACUGGCUGCACCCGCUCAAGUUUCGCAGUGAAAUGUGCCGCAAGGGACCCCUGUGCGACCGGCGGCUGUGCUUCUUUGCGCACAGGCCGGACGAGCUGCGUGCUCCGACGCAGGAGCAAUUAAUUUCAGCCGGCAUGAUGGCUGCGCCGCCGGGCAUCGGUGCCGCGCGGCCGGGUGGCGCGUCGACUCCGCUGCCCCCUAUGAUGGAGGACGGGCCCGCGGGCGACGAGGGCGCUCCUGGGGGCUGGGGUGACGAUGACCAUGGUAUGCUGCUGGCUGCAGCCGUGGGCGCACAGCAGCACGGCAACGGCACCGGCGGCGGCGGGGCGCAGUUUGUGGGCAUGGGCCCGGGCGGUGAGGCCCUGCUGCCGCCUUCAAGCAUGGGCGAUGUCCUGCUGGGCGGUGGGGGUGGCGACGCGGCCCCCAUCGGCUUCGUGGACGCGCAGCAAGUGCAGCUGCACAUGCAGCAGACGGCGCAGCAGGGGCCCCAGGGGCAGCGGCCGGCAAUGUUUCUGCUGCAGCAGCCGGGGCUGCAGCAUGUGAGCAGUAUGGACACCAACAGCACGUUCAGCUCGUCCAGCGCACUGCUGCAGAUCGGCGGCAGCGGGUCGUUCACGCACGGGCCGGCCCACAGCAUGGGCGGCGGCUCGUUCACGCACCCCGGACACAAUAUGGGUGGCGGCUCAUUCACACACCCUGGGCACAAUAUGGGCGGUGGCUCGUUCACUCAGCCUGCACACAGCAUGGGUGGCGGUUCCUUUACACACCCGUCGCACGGCAUGGGCGGCGGCUCGUUCACGCACUCAGCACACGGCAUGGGCGGCAGCUCGUUUUCUCAGCCGUCGCACGGCAUGGGCGGGGGCUCGUUCACGCACCCAGCCCAUGGCAUGGGCGGCAGCUCAUUCUCACAGCCGGGCUCCAGCAUGGGUGGCGGCUCGUUCACUCAGCCGGGCCACAACAUGGGUGGCGGCUCGUUCACCAACCCUCAGCUGCCGCCGCUGCAGCAGCUCGUGCAGCGCCAGCUAAGCUUUGGGGCCCCCACGUCUCCGGCCUUCACGGUCAUGCCGUCACUGCAGCAGCAGCAGCAACAGCAGCAGCAGGCGCAGCAGCAGGCGCAGGCGCAGCAGGUGCAGGCGCAACAGCAGCAGGCACAGCAACAUCAGGUGCACCAGCAACAGCAGGCGCAGCAGCAGGCGCAGCAGCAGGCGCAGCAGCUCCAGUCGGGCCCUGUGAUGAUGCUACCAGUCGGGGGCCAGGCUUACGCUAUCAACCACGCCACCCUACGCGCCGCUUCAUUCACCUCGGACACCUCCUCUGUCGCCAGCAUGGACGUCGGCCAGGGCCAGGGCCAGGCCGCCAGCGGCAGCGCGCAGCUGCCCAAGGCGCGCAGUGGCGGCCCCGCCGGGCCCGGCGGCCUGGACAGCCUCGGCGCGCCGCUCGUGCUCUCGGCAGGCGACCAGGGCGGCGCGGGCCAGGCCGGGGCGGGCAGCCCGCCCCUGGGAAUGGGUGCAGGCCUGGUGGGCUCCAUUCCUGCGCGUGGCGCCGGCGGCCUGCAGCUGCGCGCGCUGACGGCGCAGCUCCAGGAGCUCACGGACGCAGCCGCAGCCGUAGCCGGCGCAGAGGCCGCCGCCGCAGGCAACCAGGCCGCCGGCGGCGCGGCUGCGGCGCCCAGCGGCGCCAACGGCCGCGGCGCCCCGCGGCUGCAGGUGGUGCGCGCGCUGGCGUCUGCGCUGAGGAGCGAGCUGAGCGCCCUGGCCUCAGGGGUCAGCGGCGGCGUGCGCGGCGCGUCACCCGCACCCUCGGGCGACCUGGGCAGGGCGUCGUCCGGCGGCCUUGGGCGCACCUUCUCGGGGGGGCUUGGCAGGGCGCCGCCCGGCUGA